UCUACGCCAAUGAUCACGUGGCAACAGGGGAUUUCCACAGGCACUGAUUUUUUUCUCUCUACUUUUUUUCAACUUUAACGACGGCAGCAUUGUUUAAAUAAUGUUUUUGGCAAUAUGAGGGAAUAUGAGCUAGAUUUUGUGUCUUAACUCCAUGAAACAAAAACCCCACCUCGGAACCAGUGAUGAUUUUUUUUUAAAUUUGCCUGAUGUAUAUAUUUUAUAAUCUAUCAGAAUUACUCCUUCUCCUCGUCAUGAACAUUGUGCUUUGCAUGGCAGCAUGUAAUAAUGCAGAAUAUGAAACUAACGGGGAGUGUUGCCCAAUGUGUGAUCCAGGAAAGCGAGUUCAUAAACAUUGUGAUAAGUACACAAGUACAACAUGUGGUUCAUGCCUUGCGAUGACCUACACUGAUGCUCCUAAUGGACUGACAGAAUGUCUGCCAUGUUCUGUUUGUGAUCCAAGUAAUGGGCUGAGAGUAAAGCAGGCAUGUACAUCAAUAUCAAAUACAGUGUGUGAACCUCUGCCAGGGUAUUACUGUAUAGAUUUGCUCUCAAACUGUAAGAAGGCCAUGAAACAUUCAUCCUGCUCACCUGGACAAUACAUCAACCAAACUGGAACAGAAUUCAGCGAUACAGUGUGUAAUGGCUGUCCUGUUGGUUCAUAUUCAGAAGGUACAUCCUGCAAAUUGCAUACAAACUGUGAAUCUCUUGGCAAAAUAACAGUCAAGGAAGGAACAGACAAGACUGAUGCUGAGUGCAAUAACGGAGCACCUUCAUAUUUAUUACCACUGAUUCUCUCUCUCAACUUAAAAAAACUUCCAGCAGUAUGGCCUUGGGAAUGAGCUGGCCUAAAAACAAACCAACCCUUUCACAUGACAUUCUCUACGAUGAAAGCAGAGGAAUAGUUUGAAACCAGAUGUGAAAACAAUACCGUUCUUUGUUUUUCCUCUCCAUCCUAAAUGAAAGUUUUGAUUUUCAAGAACACGUAGAAAGAAACUCAAAUAGCUCACUAAAAAAGGUUCACUUAAAUUGCUCAAAAGACAAAUUAACGGAUUAGUGCAAAUUCUAAAAUACUUGAUAGCUCUUGUUUCCUUAAAUAAUUGUGUUCCUCUGUCCCUUAUUUUGUUUAUUAAAUAAUACCUCUGUGAUGACAUUUUAGAUUAAUCAGUAUGAAGUUUCUUUAAAGGUAUCUUUUACUGUUGUAGUAAUGUAAUGUAUUUUACAAUCCUGACAAAAGAACAGAUUGUUAGUAAACAGCCACUUUCCAUUUCCUCUCACAUGUGAUCACUGCAUUUAAGGAAUGUGUAGCAAGUGUUGAAAUUAUAAUUGUUAUGACCUUCA